GGCUUGGAGGAGUAUCUCAAAGCGGCUGGAUGAGCAAUGGCUCAGAGAGGUCCUCGCCCAUUCAUCAACACAACACCUCUGGAGCAGCCGGGUCAAGCUUCAAGAAGAAAUGCGCGGAGCUAUGCCAUGCGCGGCAAGAACAGUGGGAAACGCCGUAAACACCUUACCAAGAAGCCAUGCAUAGAUUCUUGGAUCAAUGGACAAUUCGCCGGCGGACUAUGCCAAGAUCCAGGACCAGUAUCGCAAGUUCAAGCUUGCACCAGUUACGUCCCUAGACAAGUAGCUUCUGAGUGGAGUCUCUUCAAAUUUGCAGAAGAACCAGGUCCCCAUGUGCGUCAGAAACUCUACCAAUUCUUCCCUAUCCUAGAACAUAGGUCAUAUCCUAACCAGAUUCUGGCCACCAAUUUUUUCGACCGCCAAGCAUCUCUUUGGUUUGAACAUCUUGGUCAAAGCCAGACGUAUGUUCACAACCAGCUAUUCGUCGCUAUGUCUUACUUUGAUAUCGUUGUUGACAAAGUCGAGCAUAUUGGUCAAGGCACUAUUUCACACAUGACAAAGGCACUUAGUCUCUUGCAGACAGACUUGGCAACAAUCGAUCGAGCGACCGCUGAAGUGACAAUCGCUACCGUCAUUGCAUUUGCUAUGGUUGCCGUUGUAUCGGGCGAUACUGCUUCAGCAGGAAAGCAUCACCACGGUCUUUUCAAGGUGUUAAAUUUACGUGGUGGACUGGCUUCCUUGAAAUCAUGUAGAUAUCUUCAGAUCAAGUGCUGCAGGCUUGAUCUAAGCUACGCUAUGCCCACUUGCUCAAAGCCCCUUUUCUUUGUAGCCGAGAACAUAUUAUGGGAUUCAUAUCUCCCAAGAAGCUUACCAGUUUCCCCAACCACUGCAAUACACUUGUUGGUCAGUGAUUCUGAGCCGGAUCCCAUAAUGGUGAACAUAUGGUUUGACCUUCACGAAUUUUCGAGAGCGGCAAAUAUUGCUGCUCAAACAGGCCGAAAGCUUGAGCCUGACCUUCUUCAGGAAGUUAUGAUUUCAGUUCAGUAUCGACUCCUGAAUUUGGAGUACGACAUGGAAGAGCCCCAUGAACUGUUACGAGUUGUGAUGUUAGCUUACUCAGCAACUAUCCUUCCUCUACUAUGUUCCCAGUUUGGCGCUCCUGCAUCUUUAAGCUGUCCAUCUUUUCCCGCUUGUCUACACAUGUUUUCGAUUGCAAAUGAGGAGUCAUCUAACGACAAAUUGAAAGCCUUACUCUGGCUUCUUAUCAUCGCCGAGAUAUCGAUCUUGGAUGUUCCCCACAUGGAGCUACAACUUGCCCAGACUAUACGGGCCCUGAUUUUGAAUUCGUGGGACGAGAUACUUGAGCUUUUGAAAGGCUUUCUCUGGAUUGAUACAUUGCAUAGAGAGCCAACAAUGAAGCUCUUAAGUAAUACUAUUAUAAAGACAGAAGGAGUCAUGCAGUGUGUCAUAAGCUAGGGCAAGUUUCGCUGGAAACUAGUCAUGUGCAAUGGAUCCCGGGUGUGUCGUUUUGAGUUGUACUGUGCAGUACUUGACCAAGUUUUCUAUGCAAG